CCAUUGCGGCAGGCAUGCUGGAAGCACAAACGCCGGCAGAUAUGCCGUUGCCCACACCCAAGCCCUCCAGACCUAAAGCAAUUGGUCCCACUAAGAGACGCAAGGUCACGCCAGCAGUAGUACCUGAAAUACUUCGAAAGCUACGACCUGCGACUGCUACCACAACACAUCAGAGCCCGUAUGAUGAUACGCUUUCCGCUAGCACAACGCUCGGUUACCUGCAGCCCCAAAUGGCAGUGUGCAAUCCAACCGUCGUUGAGCUGCCUCCAACGCGCGAUGAGCUACCUCAGCCCAUCGUCAGCAAGUACGAAGAUUACAAGUGGUCAGUGUACCAUUACGAACUUUUGCCAAAAGGCUACGACUUCGCGGAGCGUUGGCUCCAGGCGCUUUUCGCAACUACGCUGCAAUCCGAAUAUCACGACCGCCACCUCUCUCAUGUAUCACAGGGUUUCAUCAAGGAUGGCGGCCGCCACUCCCUGCUCGUCCUUCACAACGCAGCAAACCCAUUUAAACACGAACCUACUCCAGACUCAACGAUCACCAUCGGUGCAUAUGGAUACCACUGGUACCGGCACAAUGAGAUCCACUGGACGACGUUGGCUUCCGACCAGCGAUCGCUCCUAGCCCAGUGCGUUCAGGCAGGAUUCCUUGAGGAGAAGCACAAGUGGACUUUCGACGCGGAAAAAGCUACGGAGAAGCGCUUUCACCGAGCAUACUGGCUGGCGGCAAACAGGCGAGAUCUGAAGGAUCUGCUAAACCGUGGCCCGUCGGACGACAAGCCGCAUGACCUGAGCGGUGAUAAGAGUGAGGAAGAUCCGGACAAGGAUUUCAGCAUCAGCGAGGCUGAUCUGACCAACGAGUGGCAUGUCACAGGCUCUGAAGCUGCGGCAGCCUGGCAGAGGGUGCAGGAUGAAGUUGAUGCGUUGGGCGACGGUUUCGAUGCGUAUGGAGAGGGCUGGCAGCACGUGGUGACCAGCAACUCUGAGUGGUCAUUUUCGCGAUGACAUUGCUCGUGUGGCGUUGGGUAAGGGUAUCAUCUGGGUGCGUAUGUUCGUUGUGAUGGAGGUCAG